AAGACCGACCUUUCACACGCUUGGAGCGGGGGAAUCAAAAUGGCUCGCGAGGUCGCCGACUAGGGCUCAAGCCGUUUAGCCACUGGCUUCUUCCUCGUCGUGGUCUCGUCGCUCGUCGCUCGUCGCUUAACGGCGUCGUCUCCUCCUCUUACUGUUCCUCUCGUUCGUUCGUGCCUCCCGAUCUAGGGUUUCGAUCGAUUUCCGUCCGGCCUUGGGGCUGCCUAAUCGACGGCGGUUCACCUAUCGACUAGUCCUAUCGUUUGUUUGUUUUCUGAUCGGAGCUGAUUUCUUUGUUUUCUCUUACGAUUUUCGUAUGUUUUUAGGGGCUGUCCUUUUUAAGGCGUUACAGCGAUCAAAGGGGAUGACUUUUUCUGUGAAUAUAAUUGCAACAGAUAUUGAGACGAUGAAUAUGUGCAGAAUGGACUUUAACACCUACACUUGGUCUCUUCAGCAAUCUUCAGUGGCGGCGCUGUCACUCUGAGGUGCACCUGAGCCAGGCUAUUUGUCGAACUUGCCGUGCAAGCUUGUUUUGCUUUCGAAUUUGAACUCGUCAAUAGUGAUUGAUCUAGUACAAGCAGAUAGAAAUGCAAGCCGAAAUCGGAAAGGUGUUGGAUAGUGAUGGUAAGCAAAGAAUCUCGCUCCAAUUGAAGCGAAAGCGAGCAGUUGGCAUUGCUGAUGUUGCUUGCAAAGUUCCGCACUCCUGCGAUAUAUCAUCUACUAAUAAGCAUGGAAAACGAAGGAAAGUUGACUGCUUCAAAAGCACUGCCAGCUGUCCGUUUCCUUUUGGAAAAUCUAUUGCUAGAUACUAUUAUAAUUUCAUGAAGAGUGGGGUUCCGCGACGUUUGAUGUACUAUCAAAAUGGUGACUGGACUGAUUUCCCCCAGACUCUAAUUGGCUUGAUCAAGGAGGAUCUGAGCAAGAAGAAGGCCGCCAUCGAGGUGAAUUUUGGUGGUGAUCAUUUUCUGCUAGAUUUCUUGCACAUGUUUCGACUAGACUUGGAAAGUAAUAUGCAGCAACCUAUUGCUUGGAUUGAUGAAGCCGGUAGCUUCUUUUUUCCAGAAACCUUUGCCAGCGAGUGCUGUCAACAUAAAUGCUUUGAUCUACCAGAGCCUAUGCAUAGGGAUGGGCCUUGCGAAUUGAAGCUGCAACUCGAGAUUGAUAUAAGUGGCAUAGAUCAAUUUAAGCUAAAGGAAUGUAGUGGGGAGUCAACUACUCCCAACAAGCAAAUCCAGAAAUCAGUCAAUGACUGCAUGUCUAUGGAAGUCGAAGAUAGCUGUGACAGGAAACACCAAGUGAAAUUGGUUGAAACUGUUGGUGAGAACAAGCAGAUGGAGACAGAAGUGGCCUCUAGGAUAGAACUCGAUGCUAUGAAACUGGAUUUUGAAACAGCGCGGAAGAUUUUCCUUACAGGCAUGGGUCCUACUGCUGUGGACAUUCUUCAUACGCACCACUGCUCAAGUGAACCAAUGCAAGAUCAGUUAGAGCUUUUCCAGAAGCAAAUUGAGAUCACCAAGAAGCGCCGGGGAACGGCAAAUAUUAAGCAUGCUUGGCUUGCUGUCCCAAAUGCGAUAUUGCCGACUCUUAAGGCACAUGGGCUUGGAAAUUGUGGAGCACUGAUAACUAAGCCCACUCGUGGCAUUGGUGUGCAGCUUGCAGCUGCAAACUGUAUUCAGAUCAGUGCAAAUACUUGUGAUGUUGACGAAAAUGGGAUUCGACACUUGGUGCUUUGCCGUGUAAUAAUGGGAAACAUGGAGGUCGUACAUCCUGGAUCUACACAGUGUUAUCCAAGUGGCGAGGGCUUUGAUAGUGGAGUAGAUGAUCUUCAAAACCCCACACGUUAUGUAGUCUGGACUAUGAACAUGAACACCCACAUUUAUCCAGAAUAUGUUAUUAGCUUCAAGGUCACAUUGAAACCUGAAGGAGAUCUGAUUGGAACUAGGAGUAACCGUACUGCAUUGAGAAUUGCAAGGUCUUUCCAGGAGCCUCAAACAGACUCGUCUGCUGUUGACUCAGAAAGUAGUAGCCAUCCACCUUCAGACAUUAUGGAACAUCAGGGGAAAGCUCCUACAAUGGGUUCCAGCACUCCUAAGACUCCUAGAUCCCCCUGGAUGCCUUUUCCUGACUUGUUUGCUGCUAUUUCUGACAAAGUUACUCAUAAAGACAUGGAUUUGGUGAAUAAUCACUAUAGCCUGUUCAGGGCAAGGAAGAUCACGCGGGAUGAUUUUGUCAAGAAGUUGAGACUUAUAGUUGGUGAUGAUUUAUUGAGAUCUACUAUAACUGGUCUUCAGUGCAAGGUAACCUCUGCUCACAACUUUCGCUCCAUUUGGGGCAACUUCCUUGAGAAUAUUCAUCAAAAUGGCGAAAUAUCAUGUUACAUUGGAGAGUAUGUCCCAUCAGGCUAUUGUCAGAUCAUAUCCUUCUUCACUUGUAAGUUUCUCUCCCUUGAAGUCACAUCCCUCGAUGAGUACUUGAUUGUGUCAUUUGCUGUUUGCAGACUCCUCUGAAGUGUGAGGUGGAUCAGAAAGCAGGAGGUCCAGGUGGAUUUUGAUUGUCCUCGUCUGGUGCGGAGACCUGUUUGCAAUCCUUUCAAGAUCUUUGACGAUGGGAUUACUGAAUGCUGCGGUCCGCAAAUGCGUCGACAUGAAGUGAAUGUUAUCUUUUCCUCUCCUCUGGUAGCAAUAUCAUAGGUUUUGCAUGUUGAAACUUGUAUAGCUUAGUCUCAUAAAUUUCCUAUAAAGAUCUUACUAGGAGAUUGUUAGAUUGCGAUAAAGUGUUGGUUGAAACUGGAGAGCCGCGACUUUUGGAAUU